UCUCCUGUAGCUUUCAGUUUCAUUUCUUUGUCCCUUUAACUUUCAUUUCCUGAUUGGAGCUUGAAACAAGUUGAAACAGAUGGACUUGAAUAACAGCACAGGGAGAAUGACUGCUUAAACCAAUACCUGAAACAGAGAAAAGCCUAUACAUAUCUAGAUAUAUCUAGAUAUAAAGAAUCAGAGAGCAUGGGAACACGUGAAGUAUAAAAGAGGGAGUCAUAGCAACCAAAUAGAAAAGGGGGAAGAAAAUCCAAUUUUGUACAAAGAAAUACAAUUUUUGGAAACAGAAGAAUAAAAUUGAAGGGAGAGAAAAGAAUAGGAAAACUAAGUCUAAACUGGAAUCAAACUGCCAGACAUACGGCAGAGAGGGGUAGACUGCAACAGAAUGUAAAGAGACUGCUGGAAGGCAAAGAGACGGCUACAAAUACAGGAAUACGAGACUGCAAUGUAGUUAAACUACAACCAAUAGAGACACUGCAAUACAGAAUAUAACUUAUAGACAGCAGUACAGGAUAUAUACAUAUGCCGCUACUAGAGACUGCUGUAGCUCAGAGAGACAAGCUAAUCUAAUAGUGACAAUAAACACCAGAGAGAUCCAAAUGAAAAAGAGGGUGUACAGCAAAGUACAGAAAGUAAUAGAGAGCACUAAAGCCAGCAGCACAACUGAGAGACAGUAAACAGGAAGAGACAAAGUGGUACUGAACAGACUAAAGACAGACAGCCAGCCAGAAUGAGACGAAUUAGAGCCAGUGCCACCAAGCAGCGCCACCCCUCAGCCAGCACUGCGUACGUGAGUUUAGAUAUCGGUACUAUGUCCAAGUCUCCGGACCUCUCUCUGCGUGUGAGGCGGGUGCUCUGCGCCCAUGGGGGGAGCAUGGAGCUGGGGAGGCUGGCGCGCUCUCUGGGUCUGACCCCACAGCAAGUUGAGCAGUUGCUUGAAAAAGAGCAAGGUACCAUACUGGCUGUUGGUGUUCGGGACGAGGAGCGGGUAGCUGUGGCCCGCAGCGAGGUGAGACUGUGCUCUGAAAGGACCAAGAAAUGUGCGGGAGACUGCGGGAACCUCCACUUGUGCCGCUUCUACAUCCUCGGUAGUUGCAGCAGGUCAUCGUGCAAAUUUAACCAUGACAUUGAGAUGGACCCAAACCUCCGGGUUUUACAGGAGCACAAACUGAAUGGAAUAAGUGUUCUGGAGCUCAGGCAGCUUCUGUUGCAGAAUGAUCCCAGCCUUCUGCCAGAGGCUUGUUUGCACUAUAAUAGAGGAGACGGAGCUCAUGGAUCCUGUACCUACAAGACUAACUGUAACAAGCUUCACAUUUGCCAGCAUUACCUCCAUGGGGAUUGUAAGUUUGGGGCUAAGUGUAAACGGACACAUAAUCUCAGGGAUGCAGAGACAAUGAAGAGGCUGAUCAAAUGGGGAGUGUCUGAAAGCCUUGUGUCUCAGCUAAUAGGGAUCUACAUUAAUGCCGCAAUCCUUAAUGGUAGCAGUGCCCCACCUUCCUUGCAAAAGAGAGAUGCAAUUACGUCCUCAAUCAAAGAGCUAUCCAUUUCCCAGAAAGCCAGUUUACCCCAGCAGGUAGAUGAGAUCUGCUUGUUCUUUAUACGGAACAGCUGCAGUUUUAAAGAAAGAUGCGUACGGCAUCAUUUCAAUCUCCCCUACAAGUGGCAGUUUUAUUUGUCUGACACCUGGAAGGACUUUCCGAACAUGGAAGCUAUUGAGAAGGAGUAUUGUGACCCCAACUUGAGAGAUUGUAAAGAAGACAUAAACUUUGACACCAUGAUCUUCCACUCCUAUAAAGUCAGACGUCUCUCCACUCCAUCCUCAGCAUCUAAACCUCCUCACUUCAUCCUCACAACAGACUGGCUGUGGUAUUGGAAAGAUGAGUACAACAAAUGGAUAGAGUACGGCAAAGAGAGCAACCUUCACCAAACAUCGUCCCUUAGCAGCAGUGACCUUGAGAGCGUUUAUCUGUCUGAUGAUUCAGCAGCUGUGAACUUUAAGGCUGGAAAACAUGAAUAUGUUUUGAGCUUCAAAGACAUGGUCCAGAGAAAUGUACGCUAUGCCACAGAGAGAAAAGUGUGCAGGAGACCUAUAUUUGUGUCCGUCAAAGAUGUGGAGGAGAAGAAAACAAGAAAAAAAGAUCAGUCCAAGGAUGAGAACAAAUCUGUUCCCUCUAAUUGGGACAAAGGGAACAUUCCAGACGUCGGAUACAAGCUGGUGCCUAUUCCUCAGUCAUCAGAGGAGUAUAAAAAUGUUGAGGCCAUGUUCCGCCGCACUCUGCGCCUAACACAGAUUCAAAACAUCCAGCGUAUUCAGAACCUAGCCUUGUGGGAGGUGUUCCAAUGGCAAAAGGAGCAGAUGAAGAAGCAGCAUGAGGGAAAAGAGGUGGACGAGCGUCAGCUUUUUCAUGGCACUAGUGAAAAACUGAUUGAUGCCAUCUGUCAGCAGAACUUUGACUGGCGCAUCAGUGGAGCCCAUGGCACUGCGUAUGGGAAAGGCAGCUACUUUGCCAGAGAUUCAACCUAUUCCCACAACUACAGUUGUCGCACAGACUCUCAUUCCAGGGUCAUGUUUGUUGCACGUGUGCUGGUCGGAGAUUUUAUAAAUGGGAAGUCCUCAUACCUGCGCCCCCCUCCCAAAGAAUCAUCAACUUCUACUUAUUAUGACAGCUGUGUGGACAGCAAAAGCAAUCCUUCAAUAUUUGUUAUUUUUGAGAAGCACCAGAUCUAUCCAGAAUACCUGAUCAGAUACACCGGGUAGAUCCUGUGUCUGUCUAUCACUCUGAUUCUUUCAUUAUGGAUUGGACUUUUAUGGGACAUAUUUUAGAAUAUCUCUCUCAGGAUCAAACAUAAACUUUUCUACUCUGUGUAGUUAAUCUCAUGUUCCUUAUAGCACAUUUUGCUAUUUAUUUUAUGAAUAACAUACAUUAUAACACAAUAUUCUCUUACUGAUCAAGUUGUUAAUACUAAUGUUAUGCAAAUAUCUGCUUUAUCCUCACUGUUUUUACAGUUUAGUAGUUGCACUUAAAUAACAAUACAAUGCAAAAAAAAAAAACGUCUACAAGUUGCUGUGAUAGAGAUCAUUUUCUUAUAACUAGAAUAAAUAUGGAAAUGUACGAUUCUAUUGUAAAUUUAAAACAUUCAUAAUAAAUUCUGUACUGGAGUAAUUAAGCUGGGAGAGAAGGGAUCAGUAAUAUAACGACUGGUUAUUUGGUUCUGGCUUGUCCUGUAAUACCCUAAGUAUCAUGUUAUGAUGCUAUUGACGUGCGGAAAUGUGGCUACGCACUAUAAGAGACUGAAAAAUGUGUCUUACGGCUUUAUAGUUGUGUAACUGGCACCAGGCUAGGGGGACACUAUUCAAGGCUGUGUGACAAAUAAAUAAUGCUUUAGUUUAAUACUUAAUCUCCGUGCACAUUAUUAUUAGCACAUAGAGUACUUUCACAUCCAGCACUGGAUAAAUGUACUACUGUUAAGAGUGCUUUUGUAAACUUAUAUGUCAUUGUAUCUCUUUAUUUUUGUACAUUAGUGCUAGUUUAUAUUAUCAUAUUUUUACCCUGUGUAUUAAAACAAAUCUGUUUUUUU